CAUGAACACACCCACCAAAGGCGGGCAGAUUUUCUACCGGAUAUACACAAAGCUCUUCUUCUUCGUAUUUGGGUAAGAGUUGCGAGAUUGAAUGGAGGCAACACAGCUGAUUGGUGAUUCGAUUUUGGAGGAAGAGGAGGAAAAUGGAGGGAGAAGAAAAGAUAGGGAAGGACAGCCACUUGCCAAACUCAUGGUGUUGAAAAAUGAGCACAUCCCAGAGACUGAGCUGCUUCUCUACCGUGGAGAGAAUGUGAUGGGUCGUGACCCAGACUGCUGUUCCCUGACACUCCUGGCCCCAUCUGUAUCCAAACGGCAUGCAGUCAUCUCAAUCUCUGUGUUCCGCGGCAACCGCCGGCCUUGCAAAAUUGUCGGCGUUGAGAUGGAGGCUUUGGUGUGGGACCUCGGGAGCAUGAAUGGGUCGAGGAAGGGCCGGACCAAAUUGACCCCUCACGUCCGCUAUGCUCUGACUGAGGGAGACGUUCUGGUACUGGCUGACAUCCCCUGCCAGUAUGUCACUGUAGACAAGAGCGCAGGACAGGAGGAUGUUAGGAGCCUGACUAUCAGAGACUCUCGUAGGUUAAUGGGGACCGAGCCGGAGCUCCUAGAAAGCCCCAGCCCAAGGAGACGUGGUCUGGGGCGAGAGACUGGCACCGCCGUGAGACAGACUCAGGGUGGAGUCAUUGGACAGCUGGAGACUCCAUCAUCAACAGAGCUGGGCGGAGAGGCUAAAACUACAUCCAGGACCAAGCCCCUGUCAUUUGAACAAACCCCCACACAGUCUGAAAAGAUUUUGGUUGCUGAUUCUGAGUCCGACUCUGACGGAGAACGAGAUGUACGGCGAGACAAAAUGUCUAAUUCUGACUCGCAUUUGUCCAGUCCCACCUGUUCAGAAUUCCUGAGUCCAACAAGCAAAGUAAUUCCAGAGAGUGAGGACGAGAGCCCCAUCACUCCCCGCUCUGCUAAAGACACACCCAGUAAACAAGUGACUGUCAGUGAGGAGGACACAGAGGUGGAUGACAGGCAGCAGACCAGGAAACGAAGAGCGCCGAUGAUCUGGGAAGACAGUGAAGAAGAAGAAGAAGAGGCGAGGGAAGACAAAGGGUCCCCAGGAGAGAAAGAAACGGUGACAGUCAGAACAGGAGCGCAGGAUGUUUCUAGAAAGGUAGCAGACCAGGUGGGUCCGGCUGAUAGAGUUGGCGGGUCUACAUCAGAACCCGCCUGUCCCACAGAGAGCAGGCCCGCGCUCAGCAUAGAUAGUGACACGGACGUUGAGGGAGAUGAGGAGGGAGGGCUGUCUGCACCUGUAACCCGCGUGGAGGCCCCCGCCACAACCCGCGUGGAGGCCCCCGCCACAACCCGCCCGGAGCCUGGCCUGCUCCACACGGAGAGCCACCCUGACGCCGAGGAAGGGGCCACUGCAGGGCGGGACUCUAACCUAAUGUUGUCUGGCGCCGAUCUGGACAGGAGACCAGUAGGCGGGGUGCCAGCCGUGCAGCCGGCAGGUCCGCACCGGGAUGGUGACGCCGGCGCUGAUGCUGCUACCGUGUUGGUGUCCCCUGUGUCUAACCGGGGUCAGAAUCCAGGCGCGUCUGUGGUGCAGCCAGUGGAACUCAGCCUGGACAGUGACACUGACGUAGAAGAAGACACAAACCCUCCGGAAUCGGUUUCUAGUGGAAUCAGGACAGCCAAGGCUGUUCACCAGGAUGUACUUCUAGGCUCUGAUACAGAAGAAGACGAGCCUUUCUCCCCAGCCAGCAGUAAAACAGCAGCGCUUCUUAAUCCACAAUCCACUGUAGGAGCUGCUGCUGCGCUGGAGAUCAGGUCUGACAGUGAGACGGAACCAGAGGAGGACGCCACCCCUCCUCCAUUAGCCGCGACAACGUCCACCAGAACUCUUGCCAAGGCAGCAUCUCUGCGGUCUCAGGACUCUGAUGCUGACACUGAUGUGGAGGAUGAGAGGUUGGGUCCUGAAGCAGAGCUGGUCCCAGAGUCCGGUCUCAGCCACCCCACUGACUUCAGGAUGGACAGUGACACAGAUGUGGAGGAGGAUGAGGAUGAGGGUGGACCAGGGGAAAUGGGCUGGACCGGGAAGGGGGCAGCUUUACCCAGCUCUCAACAGAAGUGCUCCACCCCUUUGGCAUCAUCGGCACAAGAGGUGAUGGACACUCAGGACUUCUCCAGUCUCUUAGACCCCUUCAGGCGGCCUGCUCUCCCUCCUGUGUCGAGGCCCAGCCUUACCUUCCAGUCAUCCCCCUCUGCGUCCGACAGCCCAAAGGACGAGGACAUUGUGGUGGCUGAGACCCAGUCGUUCGUGUUGGAGGGCCGAGGCCAGGAGCAUCAGGGCAGUAUGGACCCCACCCUUGAGGCCACUCAGCCCUUCCAUCUGGGUCUGUCGGACAGCAGCCACCUCCAGACCCAGGCUCAGGACCAAGCCACAGAAAGCCCUCCGGAAGGGGAGCUGGAGGCCACCCAGGACUAUGGAGCUGUGGCUCGGGUGCCCGCUCAGUCAUCCAGGCUGUGGGCCACAGAGAGUACCCAGGCUGCUAGCCUCGCAGAUGGGGAUUCUGACCUAGAGGCAACACUGGAAUAUGGAUCUGAAGGGGGCAGCGAGGGGUCUGGCCCUGGCCGAAGGUCUGCAGCGUGUGGGGGGGACAGGCGGGAGGACUUUGCCCUGGAGGCCACGCAAGCUUAUGCUAACCAGCCAUGCAAUGACACGGAGGAGGAGGAGACACAGCCCUUGGAUUUCCCCACUAAGUUCUGCGUUGCUACAGCUGAAACCAUGCGCAUGUCUGCCAAUGAGGAAGAGGAGGAGUAUGAGAGAGAAGAUUUGGUUGGAGCAAAGCCAUCAACUCCAUUGAGGAGAGGGAGAACGAGGGAGCAGGAGACCCGGGCAGAUGUGGUGCUGACCGAUCAAUUCGUUACCACAGCUCAAACUCUGGAGAUGGUUCAGGAGACUGAUCCUGAAGAGGAAGAGGAGGAAACCAAAGCGUACUCGACUAGAAGAGGACAGUCCCAGCAAUACAGCGUAGAAAAGCGGGACACCCAGGCUGUUAGCUCCUAUCUCUACACUGCUGAAACCCUGCCCGUGUUUACCGCUGAUGAUGAUGAUGUUGACGAAGAAGAUCCCAGAAGGUCCCGGAGUGGGAGAGUGGAAGAGAUCCACACCAGCUCUCACAUCUCCACUGCUGAAACCCAGCCCAUAUUUACCGCUCAUGAUGAUGAUGAUGAAGAACCCAGAAUGUCCCAGAGUGGGAGAGUGGAAGAGAUCCACACCAGCUCUCACAUCUCCACUGCUGAAACCCAGCCCAUAUUUACCGGUCAUGAUGAUGAUGAUGAUGAUGAUGAUCAUGAUGAUGAUGAUGAAGAACCCAGAAGAUCCCAGAGUGGGGGAGUGGAAGAGAUCCACACCUGCUCUCACAUCUCCACUGCUGAAACCCAGCCCAUCUCCACUGCUGAAACCCAGCCCAUAUUUACCGCUCAUGAUGAUGAUGAUGAUGAUGAUGAAGAACCCAGAAGAUCCCAGAGUGGGGGAGUGGAAGAGAUCCACACCUGCUCUCACAUCUCCACUGCUGAAACCCAGCCCAUAUUUACCGCUCAUGAUGAUGAUGAUGAUGAUGAUGAAAAGAAGGACACCAAAGAGAAGAGAUGUGCCGAGACUGUGAACAGCGGUGACAUCAGAGUACAAGGAGUAGAUGAGAGCUCUGAGUCUCCUAAAAGACAGACAAGAGGGAAAGGGAAGGCUAUGAUGUCACUGAGAGGGGGGAGGAGACAGAAAGUGUUGCCUGAGGAGAAAGAGCAGGAUGAAGAGGAGACAGAAGUGGUUGAGCAGGGGAGGAGAGGAAGAGGAAAGAGUGUGACACAGAUGAAAGUGGAGGAGGACACAAACCGAAAUGAGAGGGUCCAGAAGGAGAAGCAGCUUGAAGAUGAGCGGGAAAGUGUGGAAAAAGAAGAAACCGAAAGGAUGGAGGAGAAAAAGAAACAGGAGGAAAUAGUGAGACUUGAAAAAGACAGGGAGAAACAAGACAGAAUGAAGCGAGAAAGAACAGAGCGAAAAGAACAAGUGGAGUGCAAGAGAGCCAAAAGACUUGAGAAAGAGACAAUGGAGAGAGAAGAGAAAGAAAGAAUAGAGAGGGAGAUUUGUGAAAGAGAAGAGAAGGAGAGACUGGAUGAAGAAAGGAAGGAAAAGAAGGAUAAAGAGCAGUUAGACUGGGAAAUCAAGGAAAGAGAAAUGAAAGACAAACUAGAGUGUGAGAAAAAGAACAGAAAGAAGCAGGGAGGUGAAAUUGCAGUGUCUAAGAGACUGAAGAUGGAACAGAUGGAAGAUAAAGCAACGCAAGAAAGUGAGAAAGAACACAAACGGGGGGAAAAAGAAGAAGCAAAAAAUGAACCCGAAACCAUGAAAGGGCGCCGAGCGUCCUCCAGGAGAGUCAGUGCACAUCCUACCAACAUAAAACCAAACUGUGACCAGGACAUUCCAUGCCGUGACUCCAAACCAGCCCUAGCCAAUACAGCCAGAACUCACUCUAACAGAACUCACUCUAACUCUGAAAGAGCCACAUCCAGUGUGGGGACCCAGGGGACCAGCGUUAGGGAGCGAGACAGAGGGGGGAGGAAAACCAUCGUCUCCAGCCUCUCAGAGAUAGUCAGUGACACCCCCACCCGGAGCAGCGCCAGGAGGAUGGCGGUGGGGCCAGCAGUGGCGCCUUCUGCUGUCGUGGAGGUCACGGUGCAGGACGUUCUCUCCAGUAAGGAAGGGGUUGCCUGGAGAACGCGCUCCCGCUCCAGUUCCACCAGCUCCCUCAAAUCUGAUGUCUCCACCACGAGUGUGGCUAGUGUGAACUCCCAGAGCAGGGGGAGGAAGACUGAGACGGGAGGAAGGGGGAGGAAGACUGAGACGGGAGGAAGGGGGAGGAAGACUGAGACGGGGGGAAGAGGGAGGAAGACUGAGACGGGGGGAAGAGGGAGGAAGGCUGAGACGGACCCUCCUAGCGAGCAGCCGGCAGGCUCCAAGGCUACGCAAGACAGAAGUCAGAAAGUGGAGGACCCAGCUCCAGGCCCUGAGAUGGAGCAGAAGGAGGCUGGAGAUACCACUAGAGGGCGUAGGAGAACAGCUAAAUCCAGGAAGUCAGACCCUAUAGUAGCAGAGGAAGAAAAGUUUCCAGCCCAGAUAACGGAGGACCCUGCUAGUGGAGGGAGAGGUAGGGGCCGAAGAGGCAAGACAGACACCCCUCCUGGACCCACCGCUGUGCACCCCGAUGAAGGAGAGACAUCUAAAUCAGAUGGUCGGAGGAAGAAGAGGGAGCUGGAAGAGGAGGAGGACGUCCAGAGUGGAUUUAAAGUUCCUCGGGUCAAAGCUGAUGUUCAGAGGGGAGCAAGACGUGGGACAGCAGAGGAGACGAAGGACAUGGAGAAACCUGCAUCCCCUCUGGUGAAGAGGGGCAGAGCCUCCACUGCCCAGAGGAAAGGGUCGGCAGUGGAGGAGACGAGUCUGGAAGGAGGGAGGGAGAAAACUGCAGAGGCUGAUACUGUGCAGAAGAAAGCCCCAGGCAGGCAGUCACUAACUCGGAUAAGGAAGGAAGCCCUGACUGAGAAUGUGGCCCCUAGUCCCAUGGACCUAGAGCAGAGCCCUACAGGUAAGGGCAAAGGCAAGAGGAGCUCCUCAGUUGACAUGUCUACUGUAGCCAAGACCCCUCGCUCCUCCUUGCCCUCCCCCCUGUCCUCCCUCUCUCCUGGGACAAUGGGGACUAGGGCCCUCUGCAACACCUAUAAGGUGUUGUUCACAGGAGUGGUGGAUGAGGAGGGGGAGAAGGUGGUGUGUCGUCUGGGAGGCAGCUUGGCCAAGGGCGUGGCUGACAUGACCCACCUGGUGACUGACAGAGUUCGGCGUACUGUCAAGUUCCUGUGUGCUGUGGCCCGCGGGGUGCCCAUCGUCACCACUGAUUGGCUGGAUAAGAGCGGUAAGGCUGGCUGUUUCCUGUCUACUGACCGCUUCCUGGUGAAGGACAGAGAUCAGGAGAAUAAGUUCAGCUUCUCCCUGGAGGAAUCCCUGAGAAUCGCCAGCACACAGCAACUACUACAGGGUUAUCACGUCCAUGUGACCAGGUCAGUACUACCAGAACCAGCCCAGAUGAAAGACAUCAUCACCUGUAGCGGAGCUCGUUUCCUGCCCAAGAUGCCUUCUUCUGAGAAGCCACACACUGUGGUGAUAUCGUGUGGGCAGGACUGGUCUCUCUGUGCUCCUGCUCUCUCUGCUUCUCUCCCUAUUCUCACUGCUGAGUUCCUCCUAACUGGGAUAUUACAGCAGAGAGUGGACCUGCAAACCCACAUCCUCUCAGCUCCCAAACCCCUUACGCAGCCAGGAGGCAGGGGCCGCAACAGAACCUAACAGAGGGCCACAGAAACACUGAGGUCACACGGGCACUAGACAGUUGAGAAUGUAUUCACUCCAAUAAGAAGACCAAUCCAAGAGAUGGACAAGAAGUCCCAUGUUUAUGAGGGUAGCGGGAAAAUACAUGCAAAAAAGGCUCCGAAUGGAUUUGUUUGUUUAAAGAUAUAUCAUAAGUGAACAGAGGCUGAGCAGUACAUAAGAAAAUUUGACAGUCUAUCCCAGUCUUCUGUAUUUAAGCGAGAGAGACAAAUAAGAGUAAUAUCUCUCCCUCUAUCAUGUCUUAUCUUUUAUCUGUCUUUUUUCUCUUGUAUCACAGUGUUAAUGGUCAAUUUUCUUUCUCCCUCUAUAUUUAUAUUGAUUUAAUAGGCCUCUCCUUGUAUAAAAAAGAAUAUUGUAUAGUGACUAUUUUAUCCAUGAGACAAAUUAGUAAGACAAAUGUCCUUACUGAUUGUUUUAAUGCUGCUUUUCCAUCUGCCUCCAUAUAUGUAUGGCCAAGAGUAAAAUGUCUUCUGACCAAUAAACCUUUUGUACUGGG